AAUGAGAUACCGCGCUCACGGAAGAAGCGUUGUACACAUGCGCGGUAGCAGCACUUCCGUUUUUCACCUCGCUGAACCAGGGAAAUGACAGCAACCUUACGCCCGUAUCUGAACGCCGUGCGUGCCACGCUGCAGGCGGCGCUCUGCCUGGAGAACUUCUCCUCCCAGGUGGUGGAGAGGCACAACAAGCCGGAGGUGGAGGUCCGGAGUAGUAAGGAGCUGCUGCUGCAGCCCGUCAUAAUCAGCCGCAAUGAAAAGGAGAAAGUCCUCAUCGAGGGGUCUAUUAACUCGGUACGGGUCAGCAUUGCGGUUAAGCAGGCGGACGAGAUUGAGAAAAUCUUGUGCCACAAAUUCAUGCGGUUCAUGAUGAUGAGAGCGGAGAAUUUCUUCAUCCUGAGGAGGAAACCUGUGGAGGGCUAUGAUAUCAGCUUCCUCAUCACCAACUUCCACACAGAGCAGAUGUACAAGCAUAAACUAGUGGACUUUGUCAUCCACUUCAUGGAGGAGAUUGACAAAGAGAUCAGCGAGAUGAAGCUGUCGGUGAAUGCUCGUGCCCGCAUCGUUGCUGAAGAGUUUCUCAAGAACUUCUGAGGAAGUAUCCCACUGUUCCAUCACCAUGGUUUCUUGCAAGGCUGCAGGCCUGGAUGUCAGGACUGAUGUUUAUGCAGCCAAUCAGUAAGAAGAUCCAGAUAAAGGAGUCCAAUCAGAGGGAUUUGUGAAUAUCAUUGCCUGUAAAUAAUGAAUUCCCUCAGCCUUGUUCUCUGCCUUUUGGAACAAAAUUUAGGAGCGGGUCCUUCAUUAAAUCAAGAGUAUCAUUCACAAAAAAAAUGGCAAAAUGCCAAGACACAAUUCCGGUAAAUGGAAAAUAUGUAUGCAAGUAAACUUUUAAUACUGUCAAACUUCUACAAAGAUUCAUACAUGUAUUUUGCCAACACCAUAUGAACAAUGAUGAAAACAAAAAAAUUAUAUAAACAUUUGCUUGUU